CAUUCGUUAGCACUAAACUUUGAAUGAAAGUGGAAAUCAGCUGUUCGUGCUUUGAAAUUGAAUUGGUGUUUACGUGGAUUUUUUUUCAUCAUCAAAUUAAAGCAUCACCAAACACAAAAUGAUUGAGAUAACAGAUCUACAGAAAAUUGGCAUCGGCUUGGCUGGUUUUGGCAUUUCAUUUCUGUUCCUUGGCAUGCUGCUGCUGUUCGAUAAGGGCUUGCUCGCCAUCGGCAAUAUUCUAUUCAUAUCAGGCCUCGGGUGUGUUAUUGGUGUGGAGCGCACUCUGCGCUUUUUCUUCCAAAGACACAAAGUCAAAGGAACGACAGCCUUCUUCGGGGGAAUCGUCAUCGUCCUGUUGGGCUUUCCCAUUAUUGGAAUGAUUAUUGAAUCCUAUGGAUUUUUCGCACUGUUCAGCGGUUUCUUCCCCGUGGCCAUUAAUUUUCUGGGACGAGUGCCAGUUCUAGGAUCACUUUUAAAUUUACCAUUUAUGCAAAAGAUUGUUCAAAAACUUGGAGGAGAUGGCAACCGAACUACUGUAUAAUUUAUCAGUUUACCAGAACUUUGCGAAGACUUUUUGUAUAAAGUAAAUAAAAUCAAUUGAAAUUCUUGUAAAUCCAUUUAACUCCAUGUAAAAAUCUACCUUCAUAAACAAAUUAUUUGUAGUUUACCUGAA